AUGAGCUCCCAAUGUUUUUUUUUUAUCUUCUUCUUUGUAAUGCAAUUUGCUCUUUACUCCGAGUAUAUAUUUUACUACAUACCGAUAAUGAAGAGGAAUUUCCAUCUCAAGGAGGAAGGAAGUAAGAUAAGGCUGUGUGCAUAUUCCCUCUUUAUUAUAGCAAGAAUAUCUCCCCACAGCUCCAUUAGCAUGUCAAGAAUAAGCUUCCUUGAUUUUCAAUAUGGCCUUUCGAAGAGGUUGCUACCAAAAGCUAACCGGUUGGGGUCCGUAAACUCCAGGCAAUAUUCUGGGUUGUCACGUGGUUUCCAGCCGAAUGUCAAUGAGAUGAAGCGAGUUUUCGACAAGUUUGAUUCCAAUGAGGAUGGGAAGAUUUCUUUCGAGGAAUAUUGCUCACUUUUGAAGGCACUGGGGAAGCCUCAUGUGGAUCGUGAAGUGGAGAAGAUAUUUCAGGUUGCUGAUUUGGACGGAGAUGGGUUCAUUGAUUUCAAAGAAUUCAUGGAUGUUCAACAGAAGGGAGGUGGGAUACGGACGAUGGACAUACGCAAUGCGUUUCAUAUGUUUGAUUUAGAUGGGAAUGGGAAGAUAAGCGUAGAGGAAGUACAGGAGAUGCUGAGGAGGUUGGGGGAAAGCUGUAGCCACAAGGAUUGCAUGGAAAUGGUGAGAGGAGUUGACACAAAUGGUGAUGGCUUUAUUGACAUGGAUGAGUUCAUUAACAUGAUGACCAAUUCCCUGACCCCAACUUGAAAUGAGCAUUUGGCUGUUAUGACUUUCCUUGUAUAUAGGUUUCUAAUUAAACCUAUUACCUCAAUAUAUUGCUUAUAGUAUGUGUGUGCUUGCAAUUUUUUUGGGUAGAUAGUUUGAAAGGAACAAACCCAUAUUAGUGUUUCUUUGCCUAAAGAAGAAGAGAACUCAUAUUAGUUUGGCU